AUGGCCCCGCGUCGACGACGAAGCCCCUCGCCGAGCGCGGCGACGACGUCGUCCGCGCUCGCGACGACGACGAAGCGGCGACGGACCGCGGUGGGGACGGAGAGCGAACGAUUGACGAGCGACGGCGCGAUCGCGCUGACGGUGAAGCGAUCGUUGAAAAAUGCAUCGUCGAGGCGCACGUCGUCGCUCGCGGCGCCCAUCAUGGCGCUCACGGGUGGACACGGUGCCUCGGUGACGUCUCUAUGCUUCUCCCGGGACGGUCGGCGGGUGUACAGCGGAUCGACGGAUGAGACGGCGCAGCGAUGGCGGGCGGGGGUGGAGAGCGAGACGGCGAACGAUUGCGCGAUGAUCGGCGCGCGCGGGGCGAUCACCGGGAUCGACGCGACGUUCGAUGACGAACGCGUGGUGACGAGUGAUGCGGGUGGGGUCUUGAGGGUGUGGGACGCGGAGACCGGGACGCAGGUGAAGUCGUACGCGUCGACGAGAGGGACGACGUCGAACGACUGCGCGGCGGGACGCGGGAGUUUAGUGAUGAGCGUGAGCGAUGACGGACGGGCGUGCGUGUGGGAUCUCAGGGUGAAGAAACGAGCGGCGAAGACGUAUGAACACAGAACGCCGCAGACGUCGGUGGCGAUGAGCGGUGACGGCGAGCGAGCGUACACGGGGGGCGUGGACGAAGUCGUUCGCGCGUGGGACGCGAGGAUGGACGACAAGGCUCUGAUGACGCUCAAGGGACACAGCGAUACGAUCACGGGAUUAGCCAUCUCCCCGUGCGGAUCAUACGUCCUGAGUAACUCGAUGGAUAACACGAUGCGAAUGUGGGACACGCGGGCGUACGUCGAGGGCGAGCGCGAGUGCAAGCGCUUCGUGGGACACUCGCACAAUUUCGAACAGGCUCUGCUGCGAUGCGCGUUCAAUGCCGACGGUACGCGCGUCGCAGCUGGUUCGUCGGAUUCGUGCGUAUACGUCUGGGACGUCGAGGACGCGAAGCUCAAGUAUAAGCUUCCUGGUCAUAAAGGCGCCGUCGCCGCCGUCGCGUUUAGCCCGACAGAGAACCCGGUUCUCGCGUCGGGCGGCGCCGACGGCGUGAUCUUUCUCGGCGAGUUGGAUCGUUGA